CUCAGCAGGACCUGCUAGUCUUGCAAUGCUCUGUCUAUUGAAGGAGCAAGGAGCUGCAAAUCACAGCAUCCUCACACAGCCAGGUCCCAGGCACCCCCAUGGAUUACCCUGAUUCUGAGUUGGAUACCAUGUGCUAGAUGCCCUGUGUGAGGGAAUUCUUUCAUCCCCCAUUGCAAUGCACACCACAUACAGUACUUUAUUUAUCUGCAUUUUGAGUGAGGGAGAGAAAAUCUGCAGAUACAAAGCUCUUUAAUUAGUGCAGCUCAUUCUAAAUCUACUGGUCCCUGCCAACACCUGCACAAAACUUCAAUCUGCCUGCCUCCUAAACUGAUGGUGUGCCUGCAUUUGAUCUCAGGACUGUAACUGGAGGCACUUGUUGAACGGAUACAUACUUUUCGUCUGGUGUGAAUAACAAUCGAGGUUAUUUUGAGAAAGAAAUUGACAAAUACCUUUCUUGGAGAAAAUGGCAUCCACAAGCAAAGUCAAUCUGCUUCUCAUUUUCAGCACUGCUAUGGCUGCUGCAAUGCAUCCAUACUGUAUAAUAAAGAAAGAGCACGAUGCGUGUCUGGAGAAGAUUCAGAAAUACGAGGCAGAAGUCUGGAAUGACACUGUACCUGGUUGCCCAGGAAUGUGGGAUAACAUAACCUGUUGGAUGCCUGCCGUGGUGGGAAAAGUAGCUUUUAUUCGCUGCCCUGAAUUGUUCAAUAUGAUAGGUUCUGAAGAUGAUGGUGAACUCAUGGAUAGACAAUCCCACCUAGAGUUCGAGGGUUUGGAAAACAGUGAAGAAUUGCAGUCAGAGGGCGUUAUUAGCAGAAACUGCACAGAAAAUGGCUGGUCUGAUCCAUUCCCUCAUUACUCCGAGGCCUGUGGCUUUGAUGUAAACGAAACAGGCCCUAUUGAGGAUCCCUACUUUCUGUCUGUAAAAGCGUUAUACACUGUGGGGUACAGUACAUCACUUGUUGCCCUCACCACAGCAAUGGUAAUUCUGUGUCGUUUUAGAAAGCUUCACUGCACCAGGAACUUCAUACACAUGAAUCUUUUUGUUUCAUUUAUUCUGCGGGCAAUAUCUGUCUUUAUUAAAGACGAGAUACUUUACGCUGAACUGGAUGGGAAUCCCUGCCACGUUUCCACGGUGGAAUGUAAAGCUGUGAUGGUGUUUUUCCACUACUGCGUCAUGUCCAAUUAUUUUUGGCUCUUUAUAGAAGGACUCUAUCUGUUCACACUCCUUGUUGAAACUUUUUUUCCAGAAAGGAGAUAUUUUUAUUGGUACACAAUAAUUGGAUGGGGUACACCACUGAUCUGUGUCACGAUAUGGGCUGUGCUAAGACUUCAUUUUGAUAAUUUGGGCUGCUGGGAUAUGAAUAACAAAACUGCUUUGUGGUGGGUGAUUAAGGGUCCCGUUAUUGUUUCAAUUAUGAUCAACUUUGUGCUGUUCGUUGGGAUCAUCAUUAUCCUCGUUCAAAAGCUUCAGUCGCCUGAUAUAGGGGGCAAUGAAUCCAGCAUUUAUCUGAGACUCGCUCGAUCCACAUUGCUGCUUAUACCGUUAUUUGGAAUCCACUAUACUGUCUUCGCCUUUUCACCCGAAAAUGUUAGCAAGCGGGAGAGGCUGGUGUUUGAGUUGGGUCUCGGGUCUUUCCAGGGCUUUGUUGUUGCGAUUCUCUAUUGUUUCCUAAAUGGAGAGUUUCUCCCUAAAGGUGCAAUCAGAAAUAAAGAGAAAGUGGCGGAGUUGGAAAGUCAACCGGUAUUUUGCUGUGGAUUUCAAGCAUCGUCACCCAUCGUUGGCGAGCAGCGGUGUGAACGGGGGGACACAACUGUCCAUUCUGAGCAAGAGCAGUUCACAGAUCAGGAUGUCGAGCAUAAAUGCAGAGAAUCUGGUGACAUGAGCCCCCCUACUGCUAAAACACACUGAAUAUCACUUUUUAUUUCUUUUCUUUUUUUUUUGUUUCUUUUGUUUGUUUUACUUUUCAUUCUAAAGCAAGCAGGAAAAACAAAAAAAAAGUUUUAAGAUGUUAAGUUUAAGAAUCAAAGAGGGAAAACGUUUUGUUACAGAGAACAUCUUUUAACUCACUCCAAGGAAAAUCAGUCACAUCGAUGUUGACCUUGUCCAUGAAUUCAUGGCAAAUAACAACAACUUUAGUUACCUAUUAGAAUCAUUCUUCAUCAUCUAGGUACAUUGUAUGCAUCCAUGGAAAAUAUCACUGUGUAACAAUAACCGCUUCUCGUUUUGCAUCAAAUUAUCAUGAAAACAAAAGAAAAAUGGUAACGUUCCAUUACAAGAACGUUUUUGAAGCACUUGAUUAGCAUUAUAGUUUGUCGGAGGAAUGACGUGCAUAUAUACUAAUAUUUGUUUACAAAGUCAUUAGUGUGGCAGCUUGUACUCAAUAUUUUAUCCUUAGAAAGGAAAUUGUAUUUUAUAUUUUACCGAAUACAUACUUUGUUUUCAUUAGACUGAAUGUUACUGUAUAAAUCAAUUUAAAUGUCAAUAACCGACUAAAUACAAAACAUGUACAUAGUUGCACUGACUAUAUGGAUGGCUGCAGGAACUCCUGCACAGAGUUUGAUGUUAACUUACCUUAUCAAAACCUAAUCUUUGUAUCUUGAUACAAUUUUUGGUUUGUGUGGUUACGUAAGCAUUAGCGUAAGCAUAUAGCUUACACGGGUAAUUUUUUUGUUGCUAUAGUCUUUUUGUUUGUGACAAUGUAAAAAACUGGAAGGUUCAUGAGAUGUGUUAGAAUACCAGUAUACCAUUAAUUAAUAUUUUUAACCAAUUUAGAAAAUAUAUGAAUGCCUAUUUUGUGACAGUUCUACUCUACUUUGCCUUGUAUUCAGAGUAACAAGUACAUAUUUUCGUAUGCCAAACUACUAUGAUGUCAAUUAACUCUGAAAAGACUUUAUGCAAUGCAUAAAGACCAUAUCAACACUAGUAAAUCAAGUUUAGUUUUAAAUACUAAAUAUAAAAAUAAUAAUAUAGAUACUGGAGACUUA